AUGCCAAACACAUCGAUUGAAGCGCCAGCCAGUGGUGACUCACCUACACAACCUUUGGAUGAUAUUACCAAUACAUCCGACUUGACAACUUCAUCAUCUGGCGAACCAAAUGGUGUCCGAAAGGUACUCGAUCCAGGCACAAACAUAUAUUGUAAAUGGAGAGAUCAAUAUCACAAGUGUGAAGUGAUCGAGAGAAAAGAAUCCGAGAGCCAACCUGGAACUUAUGAUUAUUAUGUACAUUACCAUGAGUUCAAUCGUAGACUGGAUGAAUGGGUACACGAGUCCAGGAUGGACUUUAGUCGUAUAGAGAAUGAACCAAAGGCACCGGCAGUGCCACUGGCCGAGAUCCAGAGUGGUGAUGGUCAGAGCAGAAAGGUGACUCGUCAGAUCAAACGCAAGUUUGACGAGAUGAACCACAUCCAGAAGGGAGUGGACGACGACACCAAGCUGUCGGCAAUCGAGAAGGAGCACGAGGAGAUCACCAAAGUCAAGAACAUCAAUGUGAUCGAGUUGGGCCGCUACGAGAUCGACACCUGGUACUUUGCGCCCUACCCUGAGGAGUUUGCCAAAUGCGAGAAGUUGUUCCUCUGCGAGUUCUGUCUCAAGUACAUGAAGAAGAAGAAGACAUUGAACCGUCACAAGUUGAAGUGUGACCUGCGCCACCCACCAGGAAACGAGAUAUAUAGAAGUGGAAACAUAUCCAUGUUUGAGGUGGACGGCAAGAAGAACAAGAUAUAUUGUCAGAACCUUUGUUUGUUGGCAAAGUUGUUCUUGGACCACAAGACACUUUACUAUGACGUCGAACCAUUCCUCUUCUACAUCAUGACCGAGUGUGACCAGCGCGGUUGCCACAUGGUUGGCUACUUCUCCAAGGAGAAGGACUCACCCGACGGUUACAACCUCGCCUGUAUUCUAACUCUGCCACCUUAUCAACGUAAAGGUUUCGGCAAACUCUUGAUCUCAUUCUCAUACGAACUCUCAAAGAAAGAAAAUAAGGUUGGCACGCCAGAGAAGCCAUUGUCUGAUCUUGGACUGCUGAGCUUCCGUUCAUAUUGGACACAAGUGCUCCUGGAGAUACUGAGGAAGCACAAGGGCAACCUCUCCAUCCUAGAUAUAUCAAACAUGACCUCCAUCAGGACUGAAGACAUCAUCAGUACACUGCAAUCAUUGAACCUUAUUAGAUAUUGGAAGGGACAACAUAUUAUAUCGGUCACACCCAAGGCCAUCGAAGAGCAUCUGAAAGUAUACGCCAAACAAACGACAAGAAUCGAACCAAAGUGCAUCCAUUGGGCACCAAUGAACCCACCUGCCACCAAGAAGAGAUAG